AUAUCCUGUUGUUCCUAGUCUUGCCUUUGUCAAACAUACAUUCACUUGCAUUUAUUGGAAAUACGAUUGCCAUGAAUACCAUUUUGGAGAAUAUUGAUGACACAGAACUUUCAGCAGUAAAAAGAGAGAUUAAAGAAGCAUUGAAGAACAACAGCUUGACCACAGCUGCAUUCAAGAUUCAAGAGUAUUUGGAGGAGAUUAAUAAUGUGGAGCUGAAUAUUGCUGUCACAGGUGAGACAGGCUCCGGUAAAUCUACCUUUGUCAAUGCAUUCAGAGGCAUGAAGUAUAAUGAUGAAGGCGCUGCUCCAACUGGUGUGGUGGAAACCACCAUAGAGGCAAAGGCUUACCCCCACCCAAAAUACCCAAAUAUGAAUGUUUGGGAUCUCCCUGGUAUCGGCACCGCUAACUUCAAACCAGAAGAGUACCUUCAGAAAGUUGAAUUCGAUCGUUUUGAUUUCUUCAUCAUAGUCUCAUCAGAGCGAUUCAGAGCCAAUGACAUUACUCUGGCCAAGGAGAUCCAGAAGAUGAAGAAGAAGUUCUACUUUGUUCGCUCCAAGAUAGAUAACGACAUGAAGGCUGAGGGGAGAAAAGAGAAGUUUGACCAGGAUAAGACACUGGAAACAAUCAGACAAUACUGCAUCAAAGGGCUUGAGGAUCAGGGUCUGGGCUCUCCUAAGGUCUUUCUCAUCUCCAGUUUUGACCUUGGUCUCUACGAUUUCCCUGACCUGGAGGAGACAAUGGAGAAAGAGCUUCCUGACCACAAGAGGCAUGUACUACUGUUGUCCAUCCCUAAUUUAACCCGGAAAAUCAACCAGAGGAAGAAGGAGGCUUUCAAAGCCAACAUGUGGAGGCUAGCUUUUGUAUCUGGCAUUGUGGCAGCAAUACCUAUCCCAGGUCUUUCCUUUGCUGUAGAUGUAAGCAUAUUGGUAUUUGAGGUCCAGAGGUACUAUCACGCUUUCGGUCUUGAUGAUGAGUCCCUGCAGAGCCUCGCUAACAGAACGAAUGUGUCGGUGGAGGAGCUGAAAGCAGUCCUCAAGUCACCACUGAACCAAAAGAAAAUAAACAAAGAUGUGAUUGUCAAGUUGCUUCAAAGUGUAGCUCUAUCAGCGGUGACGAUGGCUGAAUACCUGUUAAGUAACAUUCCUAUUGUCGGCAGCAUUGCUGCAACAGGGAUUUCCUUUAGUACAACCUACUUCAUGUUGAGGAAGUGUCUGAACGAGCUGGCUGAUGAUGCACACAAUGUUCUGAUGAAGGCACUCAUGGCCAAUGAGUGAGAUAAUGUUCAAGAUUGAAUUGCAAUCUAGAUCUGUCUUUGCGUUCUUUCUUGAACACUAUCUUCAAACAAGGAAAUACAGUUAAAAGUAGCAUAACUAAAUUGUGCAGCUUGAAGAUAAAUGUACAAAUCAAAUGUAAUUGAUCAAAGGGACAUUAAGGUCACAAUAGUGUUAAUAUAGGCAAGCAUGAUAUAAUGGUGUGGGGUUGUCUUCGCUGCAUUCUGCUACCUACUGACUUCCACACUUAACAGCCUGAGCCAAGACGCAGAGAGAUUGGUGGGAGUAGCACUUGAGACGCCUGUCACUGAGUAGACUGAUGGUCAGCCAGUAAAUGUACAAAUCAAAUGUAAUUGAUCAAUGGGACAGUAAGGUCACAAUAGUUUUAAUAUAGGCUAGCAUGAUAUAAUCUUACUGCAUUAGAUGGGAAAUUCAUAUUGGGAUAUUUUUACUCAUAAUUUACUCGUAAAUUACUCUGAAAACACAGUAUAUACUCCAAAAAUAUACAUCAGAUAUGACCAUUUAACUUCAGUAUAAUCUUUGUAAUCCUAGACUUUUGAGAACCAAAUCAGAUGCGAUUUGAAACUAUAACAUGAUAUUUGAACAUGACUCCCUCUAGAAAGUGGAUUUGAAAAUAAUCCUAGUUUAGAAUGAAUCAAUGUUAAUUGUACAAAAUAUUGUACAAGUUGUGGUUCUACAUGGUAACAUAAAAACAAAAGAAAUGAUUGUCCAGUUCCCUAGGUGGCAUCUCCUGAAACUCUUCUUUAUUUAAGAUGUAUUCUGUAAUCUCAGUGAAUGCACAUUGUAACUGUAAUUACAUUAUCAUGACAUUCUCUCAUAAUGAUCAAAAUAAACUUUUAUAAUGUACAACAAA